GAUGUAGUUAAGGACAAAUGGAAAGUUUUUCGCUCCAUUUUCGUGAGAAGGCUGAGAAAAAUGCAUAUGGGAGAACUAAUUAAGCCAUAUUAUCUACACGAACACAUGCAGUUUUUACGUCCAUAUUUACGAAAAUCGUGGGAUCCUGAAUGUUGUAACAAAAUAUUAUUGGAGGAAAGCGAAAGUCGUGUUACCCCUAAAAAUCCAAAAGCAAAUAAGGAUUCACAUAGCAGUUAUGAAAAUUCAAACACAUUAGACCAAGAGGAUAUCAGUUCAGUGAGUCUUCCUGAUAUACCGCAAUAUUCAUACUUUUCUGCUCAACAAUUCAAAAUCAGUGAAGUUUCAUCACAUCAACAAGGUCUGGAGGCCACAGACGAUGAAGACUAUAAACGCCUAUUUAUAUUAAGCUUACUGCCAGACCUUGAAGAAAUGAGUAGCGCACAAAUGCGUAAAUUUAAAAUCGAAGUUACCGCGAUCAUAAAUAAUAUUAUUAAUAAGGAAUAAAAUAAUUAUUAUUAUAACAUUUAUAAUAUUGAAUUUAAAUGUAUAGCAUUAUUUUACUCACUGUUGUACGCUUAUUCAAUUUAGUAAUAUCACUACAAAUAUGCUGUUAGAAUAUUGAUGUCAAAAAGCRUAGAAAAGCUAAAUUUGAUUUCAGAUGUUUUGGAAUAUAUUAGUACGUUUUUUGAAUAUUUGUAAAUAUGGCAUUCUAAAAGUAAGGUUGAACCAUUACUGAAGCUUCAGUAUGAUCAAAGGAGAACUUUCAAAUGUCUUCAUCACUAUUUCACUUUAUUCAUUAAUUUGAGAAUUAAUGUAAUAAUGAUAUAUGUAUUUCUUCUACAACCACCGCAAGCUUUGAAUAUUGCUUUAAUUAUUUUUACUUACAUUGGAAAUUCAUAAAGUCAUUGUAAUAUACAUAUAUGUUAUAUAGAAUACUAUUUAUACUUUAGGAGAGAAUAUCGUCCACCUAUCACAGAAAAUUGUGCAUAUUAUCGUACACUACCACCAAACCAAACUAUUAUAAUUGGUACAACUGUCAAAAUCAAGAAACUGCUGUUGUCUACUUAGUUUUCAGAAUUUUAAAAUUUCAUUAUAUUGAAUAUCAUUAAGGUAAAUAAAAUCAACCUUCAAACUCAAGAUUGUUGUCUGGAUUUCCAGUAGACUGUUUUCUAUAGCCUGUUUGAGGUUUAACAACUGGACCCAGUUGAAUAGAAAACGAAACAACUGUACUCUUUUCCAACAUAACGAAUUAAAAUUAAGUUCAGUUGAAAUUGCAUUCAUGUUGCUAAAAUAAGGACUGUAAUAGUAUCAGUUGACAGUUGCUUUAAUAACGAAAAAUUAAUUAAAUUAAAGUUAAAUAAGUAUGAAAAUUUACUUGGUUUCAUUUUAUAUUUCAACGACGAAUUCUUUUUUGCCGAAACAUUAAGGAUUGCCCGAGGUAAGAAACGUAUUCCUUAUAAUAGUAACAAAGAUCCAAACAACCAAAACAAAACAAAAUGCAUCAAAACAACCUUGAGUUUGAAUACCACACAACCUUAUCUUAAAAAAAUGUAUCUAAACAAAUAGUAUAUGUAUGUAUAUGUAAACAAUCCUAAACAAACAAUGUAAUCUUUAUCUAAACAAACUAUCGACUGGUAAUAAGUAAGUAGUAUAAAUAGAAGUGAAGGUUCUUGUAAUAAGUUAGUCUUAAGAGUAGAAAUAAAGAUUACACAUUUCGUUGCAGCUCAAAAUAUUUUCUUUUGGUAAAAAUUAACUCGCGUAUCAAGUGUAUAGGAAAAGCCUUUGCGAUUACCCCACAACAACGCUAGCUAAAGUUUGCAAGCGUCAAUAUCCUGGUAGAGUUAGAUGAUGAUAUGUCAAAGUUAAUUAGGUUAACGUUCUUCAAAAUACUUACAUAUGUACGUGUUAGACUUAACAGUCAUAAUUUGAUCGCUCUUUUAGUAUUGAAACAGAGUGGACUAUAUACUUUUGUAUAUAUUUAUGAUCGCAUCAAUCAUGUACAUACAUAUACAUAUAACACCACACACUAAAUGGAGUUGCUGCGUUGCUGGUGGACUAACCGGUCAUUCAAGGCGGCUUAUGCGUUAACCGUUUUGGCAAUAGAAUACUCAAGUCUGUCAUAAAAUGUAAAGCUUUCCUAAAGAAAAGACUAAGUAGCACACUUAGCAUUGUGAAGCGAAAAAAUGUGCCAAAAUUUGCUUAAAUACGAGAGAAAUUAACGGCACCAAGAGUAUAUUCAUAUACAUUCUUACGUCUAUGUGUAUAUGUAUAUAAAAGUCAAUGUGUACAUAUGGUUGUGCCGUUAGUAUGUGCAUAUUUACCCGUACAUUUAUAAAUAUUUAGUACUGUGCAAAUAUCUAUACCUAAAGGUAUGCUAUGUAUACUACAGUGACGGUCACUUUAUUAAAACGUUGUAAGAAAAAUAUGAAAUAUU